AUGGCCCCGCUGCUCCGGCUCGGCGCCGCCCUGACCCAGGCCCUGCUCCUGGCCCAGGCCCUGCUGCCCGCCGCCGCUCAGGACGUGCCGGGAGAUUGUCACCAGUAUACAAACAGGAGCUGUGAGGAGUGUCUGAAAAAUGUCACCUGCCUGUGGUGUGCCAGCAGCGGGAGGUGCAUGGAGUACCCCAUCCGGAGAGUCCUCCCCCCAGCUGACCUCUGUGAGCUCCGCUCUGCACGUUGGGGAGUCUGCUGGGUGAACUUUGAAGCCCUGAUCAUUGCAAUGUCUGUGGUGGGAGGAGUGAUCCUUAUCAUGUUGGGGGUCUGCUGCUGCUGCUGCUGCCGUUGUAAGAAAAAGAGCAAAAAGCUAGACAAGGAUGACGAGAGAGCGGCCAGGGAGCGGGAGAAGAGGCGGGUGCGGCAGGAGGAGAGAAGAGCAGAGAUGAAAUCACGGCAUGAUGAAAUCCGAAGAAAAUAUGGCCUGUUCAAGGAAGAGAACCCUUAUGCAAAAUUUGAGAAUUAGCAUCUCUGGACCUGCCCACCCUGGUGAAUGGU